AUGUCUAAUCAUCACAACGGACAUAGAUCUACAGUUACUGAAUGUUGCUUUAAAUCAAGCAUAAUUAAACAACUACCAGAUAAAUAUGUGAAUACAUUAGAAUUUCGUAAUUUUACUCGGGAUAUGUACAACAACUCCACGUUUAUACUACCUCCAAAAUCAGUAAUGCGUGUUUGCGCCAAAGAAUUUCUACUUCAUUCAAGAUUCAAUAUUUACAGUUUAUUCUCAUCCUUAGCUAUUGAUCACUUAUUAAUAACAGAAAUAGGAUUUCCUCAAGUCCACGGGUCAUCUAAGUUAUCACCUCAUCAUGUUUAAGUCAGUCGAUAAAAGCAUAAUCGUUACUGGUUAGUUUAAUAUAUGUAUAUCAAAACAGCAGUUGGAUAAACUUACCUAAUUACUCGCCUACCUAUCUACCUACUUACCUACCUACCUACCUACUUACCUACUUACCUACCUAUCUAUCUAUCUAUCAACACAGGCCUAGAUAACAUACCAAAACACUUCAGCACUACCCACUGACUAUAUGUAAUAAAUAACAUGCAUGAUAAUAUAAACAAUAAGUGUUACAAUUGAAUUCUCCAUCUUUUUUUCUUUUCUCGUCAUCAGUUUGUAUGAUUCUUUGUUAACAA